AGCAAGUAAAGUGCAAGCACGGAACGAACACGCAAUUGGUAUUUCCCCAUAAAUAUACACUCUGACGCAACGAGUUAUUGCACCGCCACAUAUUAAGAGGGAGGGUCCAUUCGUCGUGGGACGAAUACUCAAAUCAUACAAGCGACGCGACGCCUAUUUUGUUUCAGACAAAGUUUUGUUGCAAAGCAAAAACUACUACGAGGAGCUUUCCUCCAUACGAAUCAAAGGAGGAGAGAGAGAGAGAGAGAGAGAGGAGACACAGACACAAAGGAAACGGAAAAAGCAACACACAAAAAAAAAGAGGUCUGUGCCUCCUCUUAUAUGUAAUAGCUAGUUUCCGAGACAAGAAAAAAAAUAAAAGUAAAAAGAGAACAUGGAUUAUGAAAACAACAGUUGGAUUUGGGAGGGGGUAAACUACUACCCGUGUGUGUUUGGCGGUCUAAUGGUUACAGCAGCCUUGCUGGGCUUGUCAACCAGCUACUUUGGUGGGAUUGGGGUUCCUUAUUUAUCGCUGCCAUGUUCCUGGUCUAAUUUGGGGAUUUUCCACCAGAAAAAAUCUGGGAAGAGGCGCAUUCGGGUGUACAUGGAUGGCUGUUUUGAUCUGAUGCAUUAUGGCCAUGCCAAUGCACUCAGGCAAGCAAAGGCUCUAGGAGAUGAAUUGGUUGUGGGUCUAGUGAGUGAUGAGGAAAUCGUGGCAAAUAAAGGACCACCUGUUUUGUCCAUGGAGGAGAGGCUGGCCCUUGUCAGUGGAUUGAAGUGGGUGGAUGAGGUCAUAACUGAUGCUCCUUAUGCAAUUACCGAGCAAUUCUUGAAUCGUCUCUUUCAUGAAUAUAAAAUUGAUUAUGUCAUACAUGGUGAUGAUCCUUGCUUGCUUCCAGACGGAACUGAUGCAUAUGCUGCAGCAAAGAAAGCUGGUCGUUACAAGCAAAUUAAACGUACUGAAGGAGUUUCCAGUACAGACAUCGUAGGAAGAAUACUGUCUUCUUUAAGAGAUCAAAAAAAUUGUGAAGAUCAUAAUGGCACCGAGGUAAAACCUCAAGAAGAAAACCAGUCAAAGGCUUCCCACAUAGCCCAAUUCCUUCCAACUUCUCGACGUAUUGUCCAGUUUUCAAAUGGCAAGGGUCCUGGACCAAAUGCACGUAUUGUAUACAUUGAUGGGGCAUUUGAUCUCUUCCAUGCCGGCCAUGUUGAGAUACUUAAGAGGGCUAGGGAGCUUGGUGACUUUCUUCUAGUUGGUAUCCACUCAGAUGAGACAGUGAGUGAGCAUAGAGGAAAUCACUAUCCAAUUAUGCAUCUGCAUGAGCGUAGCCUUAGUGUGUUAGCUUGCCGUUAUGUUGAUGAAGUUAUUAUUGGUUCACCUUGGGAAAUUACAAAUGACAUGAUCACCACUUUCAAUAUCUCAGUAGUUGUGCAUGGUACUGUUGCUGAGAAGACAUUAAAUUGUGAAUUAGAUCCAUAUGAGGUCCCUAAGAGCAUGGGAAUAUUCCACUUGCUCGAAAGCCCAAAAGAUAUUACUACUGCCACAGUAGCCCAAAGGAUAAUGGCUAAUCAUGAAGCUUAUGUGAAACGCAAUGCUAAGAAAACUAGGAGUGAGCAGAGAUACUACGAAGAGAAAAAAUACGUCUCUGGAGACUAGAGUGUAUAUAAUGAUCUUUUACAUUAGUUUGGUACUGCUCUUCAAGUUUGACCCUGUCACAGAGAUGCUACCUAUAGUAUGAAUCUAGACACGCUUUGUGAAGGACAUGUGGUGCAGGGUAUGUAUAACAUAGGAGUGGUCAUAACUCAGGAAUACCGAUGUACUUUAAUGUCCUGAUGUUUUACUUUUGUCAUCUGAAAGGCAACCAUGUGGUUUGCUCACCAGUUUUAUGCCAUUUGGUUUUUGCUAUGGUUUUGGUGUUUUUAGUGUACUCCAGUUCCAGUUAGAGAUUCCUUACUCUGAUAGUAUAUAUAUUGUGACUAUCAGAAGUUAUACGCAUCAGAAUGGCUUUGCCUUUAUUUAUUUGAUAUUCUACUCAGCAGAAUUAUUUUAUUUGGAGUGUGAAAAA